AGUAUGGCAUCCACGGGCAUGCAGAUAUUUGGAUUUGUCCUGGCUCUGUUGGGCAUCAUGGGUGCCAUGGUGGCCACCGUGCUGCCCAACUGGAAGGUCAGCGCAGACGUGGGCUCCAACAUCAUCACAGCCAUCUCCCAAAUGCAGGGACUGUGGAUGGACUGCACAUGGUACAGCACAGGCAUGUUCAGUUGCACACUCAAGUAUUCCGUGCUCUCACUACCUGCGUACUUGCAGACCGCCCGCACCACCAUGGUGCUGUGCUGCGUGAUGGCUGCCAUGGGCCUCUGCCUUGCAUCCCUGGGACUAAAAUGCACACGUUGGGGAGGUGGACGACGCUCCAAGCGACACGCUGCAAUCGCAAGCGGUGGCUGCUUUUUUGCCGCAGGGUUUCUGUGUCUGGUUCCUGCUUCCUGGUUUACCAACGAGGUCAUCACCAACUUUCUGGACUCCAACGUGCCAGAGAGCAAUAAGUUUGAGCCUGGGGGCGCUGUGUACGUUGCCUUUGUUUCAGCAGGAUUCCUCUUUGUUGGGGGGUCCAUCUUCUGUAUGUCCUGUUCAGGGAAGCGGCAUGGCCCCCAGGACAUGGUCCUGCUGCCUCCACCUGACAAACUGCUGCUCCAGCAGCAGCAGCAACAGCUGCUUCAGCAGCAGCAGGAGCUCCAGCACCAGUACUGCUCUCUCUCCCCAUUAGACAAUAAGACGGGCUACAGCCUGCAGGACUAUGUGUAA